AUGGCGUCCCCUAUCCAAGUCUCCAGCAGCUGGGGUGCCUUUGUCAAGUCGAUCGCCUCUUUCAAUGGCGACCUCUCCUCUCUCACUGCGCCGCCCUUCAUCCUCUCAGGCACCUCCCUGACCGAGUUCUCCUCCUACUGGUGCCAGCAUCCCCCUCUCUUCGCUGCCCCCGCCAGCGAACCCGACCCUGCCAAGCGAGCUGUCCUGGUCCUCAAGUGGUUCAUCAGCACCCUGAAGCAGCAAUACGCCAGCCGAAGUGAGGAAUAUGGAAACGAAAAGAAGCCUCUCAACCCUUUCCUGGGCGAGCUUUUCCUCGGGGAGUGGGAGGAUAGCGCUGGUGUCACCGAGCUCAUCAGCGAACAGGUCAGCCAUCACCCUCCUGCUACCGCCUACUCCAUUCGAAACGCCCGCUCUGGUGUCCAUCUAGAGGGCUACAACGCCCAAAAGGCCACCUUCAAGAGCACCAUCAUCGUCAAGCAGAUCGGUCACGCCGUCCUUACCGUUCCCAUCCCCAACGCAGACCCUUCUUCCGCCAACAAGACGGAAACCUUCCUCAUCACCCUCCCCUCGCUGCACAUUGAGGGCCUCCUCCUCGGCACCCCCUUCGUUGAGCUCGACGGCUCCUCUUACAUCACCUCAUCGUCCGGCUUUACCGCCAAGAUCGACUAUUCAGGCAGAGGCUGGCUCUCAGGAAAGAAAAACUCCGUCACCGCCGUCCUGUACCGCACCGACAACGAGAAGGACGUCCUCUACAACGUCACCGGCGUGUGGACCAAGAGCUUCGACAUCUACAAGGGCCCCUCCAAGACCAACGCCUCCAAGACCAAGGUCGACACCUACGACGCCGCCGCGGACCCCAUCACCCCGCUCCGCAUCCGCCCCGUCGAGGAGCAGUACCCUCUCGAGUCCCGCCGCGCGUGGGCCAAGGUGGCCGCGGCCAUCCUCAAAGGCGAUAUGGACACCGUCUCUGUCGAGAAGGGCAAGAUCGAGCAGGCCCAGCGCGACCUCCGUGCCAAGGAGCGGGAGGAAGACAGGGCUUGGGAGAGACGCUACUUCACUGCGCUCCAAGGUGCUGAUCCCAUUCUCGAGAGCCUGGGUCCUGUUGUCGGCGUACCCGUUUCUGGCGAUGCCGAUAAGACGGGUGGUCUAUGGCGAUACGAUAAUGAGAAGGCGGAGAAGGUGCGCAACCUGCCUCCUUUGAGCGAGGAAGAGGCACAGACUGUCGCCAAAGAAAUCCUGGGCCAGUAG